UAAUAAUAUAUACGAUAUUUUAUUAAGACCACUAACCAAAUUAAGUGAAAAUAACGUGAGGCAGAGGAAAUUAAUGCUAGAUAUAAAGUGGAUUAGAGAAAAUAAACAAAAGUUUGAUAAAUUACUAGUUGAACGAGGUAUUGCUCCAAUGUCUAGUGAAAUCGUUAAAUUAGAUGAAGAAAAAAGACAAUUAAUUAACUUGAUACAGGAAUUUCAACGAGCCAAAAAGAAAAAAUCUGAUCCUAAAUUAUUUAGUAGUGUGUGUAGUCAAAAAAUUGAAGAAGCAAAACGUAAGUUAGCAAAUAAUCAUCAAUUAAAUGACCUGUUGGAAAUAUUACCAAAUCUUCCUAGUGAUGAUGUGCCAUAUGGUACUGAUGCAAUAGCAAAUAAACAACACUUUGAGCUAGGUGAGACUCUAGGCGUUAUAGAUUUUAUCCAAACUGCUAAAAUAUCUGGUAGUCGCUUCGCAACUCUUAAAGGUAAUUUGGCGAGAUUAGAACGUGCUCUGAUUAGUUUUAUGAUUGAUGUUCAUACUAAACAAUUUGAAUUCAUUGAAUUAUCUACACCAUAUUUAGUGCGUCCAAUUGCUAUGUAUAAUAGUGGGCAAUUACCAAAAUUUUCUCAGGAAUCUUUUGUAACAACAGAUGGUUAUCGAUUAAUUCCUACUGGUGAAGUGCCGCUUAUCAAUAUGGUCGCUGAUACUAUUAUAGCUAGGGAAAAAUUACCUAUACGCUAUGUUGCAUACACACCUUGUUUCAGGUCAGAAGCUGGUAGUGGUGGUAAAGACACAAGAGGAAUGAUACGUAUGCAUCAAUUUGGUAAAGUUGAAUUAGUAACAAUAACUACACCUGAAGAAUCUCAAAAUGAGCAUGAAUACAUGACUAAUGCAGCAGAAGAAAUAUUAAAACAACUUAAGAUACCUUAUAGAGUUAUAUUACUUUGUACUGGAGAUAUGGGAUUUUCUGCUCAAAAAACUUAUGACCUUGAAGUAUGGUUACCUGGUCAAAGUCAAUAUCGUGAAAUCUCAAGCUGUUCUAAUUGCGGUGAUUUUCAGGCAAGAAGAAUGAAGGCUAGAUAUAAAGAAUUUCAUAGUACAGAAACUACCUUUGUUCAUACUUUAAAUGGAUCUGCUUUAGCGGUUGGUAGGACAAUAGUUGCAAUUUUAGAGAAUUAUCAAAAUGAAGAUGGGUCUAUAACAAUUCCAGAUGUUUUAGUAGAUUAUAUGGGUGGAAUUAAAAAGAUUGAUGUUUAUAAAGAC